AUACGCAAAUUAAAUUAUAGAUCCCUAGAAAAAAGUUAAUUUUUUGCUUAUAUAUUUUUAUACAACAAACACCAAAAAAAGAAAAAAUUAAACAUCAUUAUUUUGCUAAGCAAAAGCAUAGACGUUAAAACGAUUUGUAAAACGGGAGCUAUCAAUAGGACGAUAAAAAUCCAAUUAAAAGACUUGUACAAAUUUUGUAAUUACAAUUCCUCCGAGUGAAUCUCCCCCAAAAAAGCAGUGAAUCAAAUCGAAGAAGAAAAAACAGGCAAGGUCGUCAACGUCGUCGUCGUCGAAGUUGUCUUAGUACAAAGCCAAUAGUCAACACAAGCAACAUGGAUGUGUUCCUGAUGAUUAGAAAACACAAAACUACCAUCUUUACGGAUGCCAAAGAGAAUACAUCAGUGGGCGAGUUGAAGCGUAUGCUGGAAGGUAUUUUAAAAGUUAAACCAUCAGAUCAACGUUUAUUCAAUCAAGACAAUGAUAUUAUGGAAGAUGACAAUACUUUGCAAGAUUAUGGCAUCACAAUGUCAACAGCUAAGGCGCAAGCACCAGCUCAAUUAGGUUUGGCUUUAAGAAAGGAAAAUGGCGAAUUUGAGACCCUUGAUAUUACACCCUAUUCAUCACCACCAGAUUUACCAGAAGUAAUGAAAAAUCAAGAAGCAGCAAAUGGCAAAGAACAGGUGGCAUAGAUAUACAUAUUUAAUGAGACAACAACAUUAACAAAAGCAACGCAAAAAGAUGCAGUAGCAAUUUAGUGUAAAAUUACAGCAACACUUUCAAAGAAGCCUACAACCUAUUCUAUUAACAAAUUCUCUUAUUUUUUUAUUUAACACACAAGAAACAACAAUUAUUUAAUAUUUAAGUCGAAUGAAGAAAUAAACAAACAAAACACCAGGCCGUGGCGAAAAAGUAACACAAUUGAUGUAAAACCUAACACACCACUCAAUUACACCCUGACGAGGCAGAAUGAAAGUAUAUUACAUAUACUAUAUACAUACACAAGAUAUAUAUUUACAAUAAUUGUCGCCAUUGAAAUCAGUGUUGUUUUUAUGCUAAAAUGAAAAAAACUGCAAACUCCUUGGAGGAGGCUAAUACUUUUGAUUAGAUUUA